CCUUCUUUUUAUCCAAUCCCUACCCCAUGGCAAUGGCGGCCGCCUCCCUUCCCUUCCGUCGGAGUUUCGAGAGGAGGAGAUCCGAAGUCCCCUCUAAUCUUAAGCCUAGAGAUUGCUGCCAAAGGAUCAAUCUUUAGAGAUUUGGAGACCUGCCAAGAUGUAACAAGAUACAGCUUCCAUAGGUAUAAUGGGUUUGAGAAUGAGGUUCAUGCUUCUUCUUAUGCUGGCCAGCUCUGCCUGUACAAAUGCUAGAGAUUUGUUAACCUUGGAUAUCAUGGUGGAUUACAAGAUACAAAGUGAAAAUAGAAUGUCUGAAUCAGUUGCAAGGAAUCAAGAAUUGUGCACACUAUGUGAAGAAUUUACUUCCCAGGCUAUAUACCAUCUUGGUGAGAAUAAGACCCAGGCUGAGAUUAUCAAUACCCUUCAUCAAGCAUGUUCUCGUCUGCAUUCUUUUGAAAAGCAGUGUGUUUUGUUAGUAGACUAUUACGCACCUCUUUUCUUCAUCGAGAUUGCUACGAUACACCCAGAGCAAUUCUGUGAGAAGGUGAAUUUCUGUAAAAAGACAAUAUUGAUUCCUUUGCCAAAGCGUGAUGAUGCCUGCACAAUCUGCCAUCAUGCUGUUGUGGAAAUUCUUACCAAACUGAAAGAUCCUGACAUGCAGCUUGAGAUAAUUGAGAUGCUUUUGAAAGUGUGCAACAAGGUGGAGAAUUUUGUGCAACAGUGCAAGAGAUUGGUCUUCGAAUACGGUCCUCUAAUCAUGGUGAACCUUGAGAAGUUUCUCGAAACAACAGAUGUCUGUGCUUUAAUCCAUGCAUGCAAAGCUAGUCAAGAAGUGGUGGUGAGUUCAGAAUUACUAGCUGUUGCUUGAAGCUAUAGAAGUACAGUUACCCGAGCCCAAGAGGAGGCAGUACAAAUUGAAUUUGUAAAAGAUUUGGAUUGGGAAAAGAAGUUGCUAUAAAGUAACAUUUUGCCCUCCCUAUUGUUGUUAAGCCUGUAAUUUUAAGGUUUGCAUCUCCGUAUUUUGCCAUAGUUGCAAAUUGCCUCUACCAUUGGAUUGUAACAUUGUUGGUUAGAUCUGUAUAUGCUAUCAUUUGUCUACUUGAUUGCAGCUUCUCCAACCCGUAAA